GUCCUCGUUGCCCUGGUUACGCCUAAGCCUGACUCGUUCUACCCAGUCGUUCUGUAGAGCGCUAGCGGGAAGUGACGCAUUACAGCGGGAGGCGAGGAUUUGAAUGGGACCGGGAGGCAGUGACAAGUCAGCAGCGUGAGUUUCAGAUCCAUUCUCAGUAGUCUAGAGAUUCCACUGUUCCACUGACAACUUGGCUGUUGAAUUAUCCACAAUAUGACAAGCUUGGAAAAUGAGUUUCUCAGAGAGGAAGUCCAAAAGCUGAGAUCUGCACUUAAACAAUAUGAAGAUAGAAGUUAUGGUGGACACACUGUUGAACAGGAUGAUGAUUUUUUGAGAGAGGAUGAUAAUGCAACAUCUCGAAUGAAUGAAAGACGAAAUUUAGGUCUGCGGAAUGAAGAAUUGGAUAAAUACACAGAGGAGUUGAUUGAACAACUUCAUUCUUAUCAGGCUGAAAUGGGUAACAUACGACUAAAGAUUGAAAAUGUUACUAAGGAAAAUGAAAGGCUUCAUGAGCAACUUAAGGAAUCUUUAGAAAAGCAACUGGAAUCUAUUCCUGGUUUCUCGGCUGAUGCAUUUACCGAGCAAGAACUGAUUAAAAACCUACAAGAACAAUUGCAACUUGCAAAUCAAGAAAAAGAAGAUGCCUUGGAGCUUUGGCAAAAUGUUUCGCAGGAAAUGGAUCGUUUGCAGCAGCACUAUCAGGGUCACAUGACCCAGGCUCAUCUACAUGUAGCAGAGAGACAAAAGCAACAGGAGCAACUAGCUCAUCUUGAACAACUUAAUAAGCAACUUCUAGAAGCAAAAGAAAAAGCAGAACUGACAAACCAGCAGUUUCUGCUCACUGUAAAUAAGCAACAGUUGGAAAGAGAGCAACUUGGAAAACAAGCAAGGCAGGCAAAACAAGAGUCACGAAUAGCAACUGUGAAGCUAGAAGAAACGACUAAACUAAUAGAAAGUCUACAGGAGCAGCUGCAAAGAAAGGAAGAUGACGAGUUGGCUGCUAAUGCAAAGGAGGAAGCUUCUGACAAACGAGUUCAGCAGCUUCAGGCUGCUUUUACACAGUUAGAAACCAGGCUAAAAGCAGCAGUCCAGGAUGUAGAAAAAUUAAAAGAGGAACGAAUAGCACUCGAAAAGCACAUUGGGGAAUUACAAGCAAAGUGUGCAGAAGUUGAAGAAGAGAAAUAUGAUGCCGUUUCCAGAGUCCGUGACAGUAUGCAGAUAUUAGAAGAAGCUAACCUACAAAAGGAUCAGGCACUGCUAAGAGAAAAGCAAAAGGAAGAGGAGAUUGAAAAUAUGAAAGAAGGCAUGAAAAAAAUAAUUCAAGAAGCUGCGGCACGAACACGAAAAGAGGUGGAAAAUACAAGAAAACUGUUUAAUGUGCAGAUUGCCCGGCUUACUGAAGAACUUUCGGCUGCUCAGAUGGAAUGUGGAGAUAAGCAGAGCCAACUUGAACGUGCACUGAGAGAAAAGCGUGCCGCAGAGGAGGAGCUUGCAAAGGUGUAUCGUGACGGUCAAGUUAAUGAAAAAGAUUAUAGAAAGCAGGAGGAGCUCCACCAGCGAUUUCUGACUGCUGAGCGCAUGAAAGAUGACCUCCAGAUAAAGCUGCACGCUGCACAAAAUAAAAUUAAGCAAAUGGAUCUCAACUUUAUUGAGGAUCUCUCCCGAUGCCAUGAAACAAUAGAGAAGCUGAACAAGACUUUGGAAUCUGAAAGAGAGAGCAGCAAUGCUGUAAGUGAAGAAAGACUGAAACUUGUGCAGGAGAAUGAACAGUUGCGAAAAGAAGUGGAAGAAUGGCGGAAAACUGCUACAGAAGUGCAACAAAAGGUCAAAUUUCAGAUCAGCACAUUGGAGCAUGAGUUUUCCGUGAAGGAGCAAGGCUUCGAAGUGCAACUGCAAGAGAUGGAAGACAGUAAGAGAAAUUCUAUAAAUGAGCUGAGGAGGCUUCUGUUGGCUCAGCAAAAAGCAACCAUCCAGUGGAAGGAGGAAGCGAGAAAAAUAACAGACAGUACAGAGGCCAGGCUGGGGAAUAUGCGAACUGAACUAAAGAGACAAAAACGGCACAGCGAAGAACUGCUGUCCCGAUUACAAACAGCACAAGAGAAAAAGACAGAGCUUGAAAGUUUAAUAUUAGAAUAUCAGGAGAAAACAAACAGACUACAAAAGCGGCUAAACCAAGCAGAAGAGCGGGCGCUAGCAACUUCCAAACAGCUCAGUCUCAUCGCAUCCCAGAGAAGAACAGCAGCUCACAAAGUGGAUCUAGAAAAUAUGUAAGAGCUGGCACAGUACAGAACCAUGAAGUUCAGAGACCAGAUCAUCACCAAUCAUUUCCUACUUCAAUUACUACUGGUUUUUUUGCAUAUUUGUAAUGUCACUUUUUUUUUUUUUUUACUAAUUUCUUGUGUGUGAUAUAAAAUCCAGAGAAGAUUAGAAUGUUA